AUGUCUCAGCCGAGUAGUAGUGCUCAAUUCAAUUUCUAUAGUAAUCUGUCUUCAUCAUUAGAAGAUCCAAUAUCAACAACUACAUAUCUGCUGUCACUGCCAGUACAACUGCAACCACUACCACUACCACUGUCACUGUCACUGUCACUGUCACUGCAUAAUCAUAAUCAUAAUCAUAAUCAUGGCCAUAACCAUAACCAUAACCAUCAACGUCAUCACCAUAACAAUACUUCCAACAAUAACAAUCAUCGGAAUGAUAAAUUACAUAAAUCUAUUAAGAAAUCAUUAAGUAAAUUAACUUUUACUCCUCCUCCUCCUCCCCCCAAUGGUGUUGUUGUUGGUGGUGGUGGUGGUAGUGGUGGAACCAAUCUUACUUAUUCAAAUCCUCCUUCAACUUGUUCAUCUACAGGUCAUAGUUUUUCUGAAGCAGAUAUAUUUGAACGAACUUGUUCCAAACAUAAUUAUCAUUAUCCAUUAAUAAAUAAUCUUGAAACUCCAUCACAUUAUAAUUUAGAAAAUUAUACUUCACCUAUUUUAGAUACAGCAACAGAAAUAUUAUCUAAUAAUAUCCCAUUAGAUCAAGUGAAAUUGAAUUGUUAUUGUGAUGAAAAUGAUAAAGAAAUUGAAAUUGAAAAUGAAUAUGAAUAUGAAAAUGAAAAUAUUGAUCAAAUAAAUCACCAAAAGAAUGAUCAACAAAAGGAAGCAAAAGUUGAUGAAAUACUACAACAACAACAACAACAACAAUCACCACAACCACCACAACCACCUUCUACUACAACUACAUUUAUUCGUCCUCGAGCUAGAAGUAUUAUAUCACAAACUUUAAUAUCAACAUUGGAUCAUCAUAAUAGAAAAAUGCAUUCAUCAAUGUCAACCAAUGGAUUUAAUAAUAGCACUACCACAAAUACUACAAAUACUACUUUUACUCCUCUGCCACCUCCAUUACUUGCGAAAAGACUGAUGAGUUAUGCUGGUCAAACCCGUUAUUCUCAAAGUAAAAAUAAUAAUAAUCAUAAUAAUAUUCAUAAUCAUAAUCAAAUAAUUGAAGAUAAUGAUUCAAAUACUAAUAUUAUUGAUUUUUUUUCAUUUGCUGAUAUUAUAAAUCAUGAAGAAGUUGAAGAAGAACAAGAAAAGAAUAUUAGUAAUAAUAAUAAUAAUAAUAAUAAUAAUAAUAAUAGUCCAACUCGUAGUAGUGUUAGUACUAAUAGUAGCAAUGGUAUUGGUAUUGGUGGACAAUAUAAUCAUAUAAUAUCUUCAUCAUCAUCACCACCACCACAACAACCAGCAGCAGUAAAUGAAUAUCAUCCAAUUAGAAGAGGUAGUUGUGUUGCUACAAUUAGUGCUCAAGAUUAUAUUGGAAGAUUUUAG